GCAGGAGGCGCAGAAGGAAGAUGGACCCGGCGCCCUCGCUGGGCGGCAGCAGCCUCAAGGAUGUCAAGUGGAGCCCCGUGGCCGUGCCGCUCGACCUGCUGGUCAGCACUUACCGGCUGCCCCAGAUCGCGCGGCUGGACAGCGGAGAGUGCAUAGAGGGGCUUCGAGAGAAUGACUACCUUCUGAUUCAUUCCUGCCGGCAGUGGACAACCAUCACUGCUCACAGCUUGGAGGAGGGGCACUAUGUCAUUGGGCCAAAGAUAGAGAUUCCGGUACAUUAUGCAGGGCAAUUCAAGCUGCUGGAACAAGACCGAGAUAUAAAGGAGCCAGUGCAAUAUUUCAACAGUGUGGAGGAGGUGGCUAAAGCAUUUCCUGAACGAGUGUACGUCAUGGAGGAAAUAACAUUCAACGUGAAGGUUGCUUCUGGGGAGUGCAAUGAAGACACCGAAGUUUACAACAUCACCCUGUGUACCGGGGAUGAGCUCACUCUAAUGGGGCAGGCCGAGAUCCUUUAUGCAAAGACUUUUAAGGAGAAGUCACGCUUCAAUACAAUCUUCAAAAAGAUCGGAAAGCUCAACUCCAUCAGCAAGCUGGGGAAAGGCAAGAUGCCCUGCCUCAUCUGCAUGAACCACCGGACCAAUGAAAGCAUUAGCCUUCCCUUCCAGUGUAAGGGCAGGUUCAGCACCCGGAGCCCCUUGGAACUUCAGAUGCAGGAGGGCGAGCACACUAUCCGCAACAUCGUGGAGAAAACCAGACUGCCGGUGAAUGUGACGGUGCCCAGCCCUCCGCCCAGGAACCCCUAUGACCUCCACUUUAUCCGCGAGGGACACCGCUAUAAGUUUGUCAACAUCCAGACCAAGACUGUGGUGGUGUGUUGUGUGCUGCGGAACAACAAGAUUCUCCCCAUGCACUUCCCUCUGCAUUUGACUGUCCCCAAGUUUAGCCUUCCAGAACACUUGGUGAAGGGGGAAGUGUGGCCCGAAAGCCUGCUUCAUCACUGGGUGGGCAUUUGCCAAGAGCAGUUUGAUAUCGAUGAGUAUUCCAGGGCUGUCCGGGACGUGAAAACUGACUGGAAUGAGGACUGCAAGAGCCCCAAAAAGGGCCGGUGUUCGGGGCACAACCAUGUGCCCAACUCCCUUAGCUAUGCCCGCGAUGAGCUCACCCAGUCCUUUCACCGGCUCUCGGUCUGUGUGUAUGGCAACAACCUCCAUGGCAACAGCGAGGUCAAUCUCCACGGUUGCAGGGACCUGGGUGGAGAGUGGGCCCCCUUCCCUCAUGACAUCCUGCCCUAUCAAGACUCAGGCGACAGUAGCAGCGACUACCUUUUCCCAGAAGCUGGUGAAGAGUCAGCGGGCAUCCCCAGCAAGUCAGAACUUCCUUAUGAAGAACUGUGGCUAGAGGAAGGCAAACUCAGCCAUCAGCCUCUCACGCGCUCCCUGAGUGAGAAGAGCAGGUGCGAUCAGUUCAGAGGUUCCCUCCGGUCCAAAGGUGCCACGUCUCCUCUUCCUGUGCCCACAAGUCUGGGAGCAACAGUGAAGUCUUCAGAGAUCACCCUACCUCCACCUCCAGUGCCUCCCAAAUCUGAAGCCGUCAGGGAAGAAUGCCGGCUCCUGAACGCCCCGCCUGUUCCACCCCGAAGCGCAAAGCCUUUGUCCACCAGCCCCUCCGUCCCUCCCCGCACAGCCAAGCCAGCACGACAGCAGACUCGUUCGCCCAGCCCCACCUUGUCCUACUAUUCUUCAGGGCUCCACGACAUCAGCGCCCCGAAAAGCGAGCCGAGCCCUUCGGAAGGCAGCCCGGUGUCCUGCUACCCGUGUCCUCGGGUGAAGGCCGAGGCCGGAGACCCCCAGUCGCCCCUGGGCAGCCCCUGCGCCGAGGCGCUGUCCUCCCGGCUCUCGUGGCCCGGCCAUUCCCGGGGCGCCUCGGACGCCCAGACCCGCAGCGAGUUCCUGCAGGAGCCAAGCCGGAGCUACAGCUACCCGAGACACAAGGCCCCGGGCACCCCCAAGAGGAACUGCCCCCCGCCCUGCGAGCUCGACGGCUGGGGGCCCCCCGCCAGGCCCCCCAGCCCCGACCCUGCAGAAGACGCCGGCAGCGGCAUCAUCUCCAGCUGCCCCAAGUCCGCCAGCUACUCCCUGGAGAGCACCGAGGAGAAGCUGGGCGUGGGCCCCCCCAAGCAAAGCCUCUCCUGCCCUGCCUUGCCCCCCAGGGCCCCGAGGCCGGUGGAAGACAGAGCCACGCCCGACAGCACGCCCCUGCCGCUGAGGAUCGACGGCGCCGAGGAAGACCCCAAGCCCGGCUCCCCCGACCUCUCGGAGGACCAGUACCUGGGGCCCAAGGGCAUGCAGGACCUCUUCUCCGUCCCGUACCCCUUCUCGUCGCCCCUCCAUCUGCAGCUGGCUCCGCGCUCCUGCGGCGAUGGCUCGCCCUGGCAGCCCCCGGCGGACCUGUCAGGACUGUCCUUGGAAGAGGUGUCCAAGUCCCUGCGCUUCAUCGGCCUGUCGGAAGAUGUCAUCUCCUUCUUUGUGACCGAGAAGAUCGACGGGAAUCUGCUGGUUCAACUCACGGAAGAAAUCCUCUCCGAGGAUUUCAAGCUGAGCAAACUACAGGUGAAAAAAAUUAUGCAAUUCAUCCAUGGCUGGAGGCCCAAAAUAUAGCCCAGCAUAUAGCUAGCUAGCAUCGGACAAGAAUGAGCAAUUUGGAUGCUAGGAGGAGGGCUGGGACUGGGACGCGGAAUCAUGUU